AUGGAAACCGCUGUGAAAUGGGUCACUGCCACUGACGGGAGGCUUCAGGCAACCGAGGAAGCAUGCGAGCGACUUUCCAACGUUUCCGACGACCAGUCACUGAGCAUCGUAACGAUUCUCGGCGCCGCACGGCAGGAAAAAUCCUUCCUCAUGAAUGCGCUGACACGUCGCGACAACGGUUUUCGUGUGUCACCUGAAGGAUAUCCGUGCACGGCGGGGGCCGACCUCUCUUCCAUCCUGAUGCCUCUGUCCGAGUUCAAGAGGGGGAGCGCGGGCAACACCACUCACCUUCCGUCAAGCUCACCGCAGCCCACGAUCAGAUUUGUGGACAUGGAGGGUCAAGGAGAUCGGUCUGAUGAACGUGACGUGCGCCUGGCAACACCUUUCCUACUGGGUUCCAAGGUAAUCAACAUUCAUCCUUGA